AUAGAUGGAACAUCGAUCGGUAACUCGUUGAGUAGUUUGCGCCGAAUGCAUUUCAAAAACAGCACGUGAAAUGUUGGCGUGAAUGUCCUUUAUUGUAUGCUUUACAUUAGAUUUUAUAGAUAUUGUGAUAUUAAGAGCCAACGAAUUGAACAAUUAAAAAACGAAAAUGAAGAUACCUUAUAAGGCAAAUAUAGAUGAUUUUGUAAAUAAUUCUAAUGAUCAGUCAUUAGAAAAUGCUUAUAGUUCUAAUGAUGAAAUUGAUCAAGAUACAGAUCAAGAAAAUGAAAGAGGAGAUACAGAAGAAGAAGAAGAAAUGGAAAUGAAAGAAGUAGAUCCCCAAAAUUUUCUUGCAACAUCUGAUAAUAAAAGAAGAAAAAUCACAGAUGAUUUUACAGAUACUGUAUCAAAGAAAAAACCAAAAUUAGACAAAGAUUUAUAUAAAGCACCAACUGUUGAAGAAUUAAAUCAGCUCAGGGAAACAGAGAAUUUAUUUCAUUCUAAUUUAUUCAGAUUACAGAUAGAAGAAAUGUUAAAUGAAGUUAGAAUCAAAGACAAAUAUAAACGUUUAUUUGAUGUUUGGUUUGAAAAAUUUGAGAAAACUGUACAAUCAAUAGAAGAAACAAAAGAAUAUCAAUUUUCAGAUCCGGAAUUACAAGAAAUGUUAGAUGUGCAUAUACCUAUGCCCAAUGUACCAGAAGACACAAAAGGCACAUUCAAAUUUCUUAAACCAUCUGACAUUACUGUUAUAGGAUCUUAUGUUAUUGAUGCUGCAAUUAGUCCAAAUAUCACUAUAGAUUUAACAGUCCAAAUGCCUUCUAAAAUGUUUCAAAAACAGGAUUAUCAGAAUUAUAGAUAUCUAAAAAAGAAAGCAAUAUACUUGGCAUGCAUAGCAUCUAACAUUACUUCUGAUAUUGCUGAGCACAAAAAGUUUAUAGGAGAUAAUUUAAGGCCAAUUUUAAAACUAGUUCCAACUGGGAAAUUAGGUACAAAAAUCACUGUACUGGUACAUAUAUCAGCACAAGAAGGAAGUUUUAAAUUAAAUAGAUUUUUACCAGAAAAAAACAGUAUUAGACCUGGAUGGUUUUUUAACAAUAGCAAUGAUACAGAAGAUUUACCACCAACACCACAUUACAAUUCCAUAGUUCUUCAUGAUUUAACAAUGAGAAUAAAUUCUGAAGACAUGAAAAUGAUCAAAGAAUAUCCAAACUUAAGAGAUGGUAUUAUUUUGUUGAAAGUAUGGUUGACUCAACGUGAAUUGACAAAAGGUUUUGAAGCCUUUGAUGGAUAUAUUGUUACAAUGUUCGUUUUAUACUUAUUAUCGAUUAAAAAGUUGAAUACAUUUAUGAGCAGUUAUCAAAUAGUUAGGAAUGUAUGGAAUUAUUUAGUGCAAGUUAAUUUACAUGAAACUGGAAUAACAAUGAGCCAAGAUGAAGACAGUAAAACGAGAGUGUUAAAUUAUCAAAAAUAUUAUGAAUGUGUAUUCUUAGACAGUACUGGUUACCAUAAUAUUACAGCUCAUGUAUCUACAGCUACUUAUAAAUGGAUACAGAGGGAAGCUGAACUUUGCUUAAAUCAUCUAGACAGUGCACAUGCUGAUAGUUUUCAAGCACUUUUCAUGAGAAAAGUACCAUUCUAUAGAGCAUUUGAUCAUCUUAUCUGGUUUAAAAAUACUCAAGCAAUAAGAAAAAUGGUAAAUGCUAAUUCAGAAGAGAAUGAUAAAUUAAAUUAUGGUCCCAAUUACCGAGCUCAAGCAAUAAAAAUUGUAUGUAACAUGUUAAAAGAAGGAUUAAAAAAUAGAGUAUACCACAUUUGUAUAUUACCGAAUGAAAUUUCGGAAUGGGAAUGCACAGUGAACAAUGACAAUGACAUUGGACAAAUUUUUAUUGGAUUAGAAUUAAAUCGCGAAUUUUGUUUCAAUAUUGUUGAAAAAGGACCUGAAGCAAAUUUACCAGAAGCAAAUGAAUUUAGAAAAUUCUGGGGUGAUAAAUCAGAAUUGCGUCGAUUCCAAGAUGGAUCUAUUCGUGAAGCAGUAGUUUGGUCAAAAGGCAAAACAUUAUCUGGAAAAAGACUGAUCUGUAAAAAGAUUGUAAUUUUUCUAUUAACCAAAAAAUUACGAUUUUUUAGAAAUCAUUUCAUUUAUAUAGCAGAUGAAAUGGAAGAAUUAUUAAAAUUGCGAAAGGUCAAAAUAACACAUUUUGCUUAUGGGACGGGAGAGGAAGCUGCAUUAAAGGCGAUAAACACACUUAAUGGUCUUGAAAAAGAAUUGAUGUCUCUUACAGACAUUCCUUUAGCCAUACAUGGAGUUCAAGGAGCCAGUGCAGUUUUUCGAUACACGGAUGUAUUUCCACCACUGUCGACAACUUACCGACCCAAUAAACGACUUAUUAAGACAAGACAAAAUUGUUUAAUAUUAGCAAACGGAAUAACUGCACUUCCUAAAUAUGUUUGUCCACUUGAAGUAAGCCUGCAGUUAUCAACUAGUGGAAAGUGGCCAGAUGAGUUAGAAGCUUUCAGAAAAACAAAAGCUGCUUUUCAUAUACAAAUUGCAGAAUGCCUUAGAAAACAAUAUAACUUAGUAACAAAUGCAAAUUUAUCUCACGUCGACGUAUAUAAGGAUGGAUUUGCAUUUCGGUUAAGAGUAGCACAUCAGAAAGAAAUUGGUUGCUUAAAGCAACAAGUAACUGAGGAUGGAGUUAUACAGUACAAAGAUAAUGAUGAAUCAAUUGAAUUGGAAAAUAAAUUAUUUGAAUUACCAAAGUUGACUAGUGCCUUACAUGGAUUGCAUGUCCAACAACCAUCUUUCGGAGCGACUUGUUGUUUAACAAAACGCUGGCUUUCUGCUCAAUUAUUGGAUCAUUCUCAUAUACCAGAUGUAGUAGUUGAAUUACUUGUAGCUUCAAUGUACUUAACUCCUGCGCCGUAUGUGCCUCCUCAGAUGCCUCAAGUAGCAUUUUUGAGGCUAUUAGAAAUUUUUGCAAGGGGCCAUUGGAAUACAGAUCCUGUUAUCGUUAAUUUCAAUAACGAAAUGAGUAAAGAAGAAAUAAUAGCGGUAGAAACGCUUUUUGGAUCAUCUCGUGUUUCUCUACCACCCCUGUUUAUAUCAACCCCUUAUGACCAUCAAAGGUCGUUAUGGACUAGAAAAGUACCAACUACUUUGAUCUUGAACCGCAUUACCACAUUGGCAAGACAAUCUUUGAAAUUGUUUGAGGAGAACUUUUUCACAAAAGCUCUGUUGGAUUACAAGCCUUUAUUCAGGCCACCGCUCACAGAAUAUGAUUGUCUAAUACAUUUAAAACCAGUUAUGGUUUCGAGGAGAGUGCAAGCAAUUGAUCUUGAUGAAGGACACCCACUUGUUGAGUGGCAUCCUUACAAAAAGCACUCAAAACAAAAAAUACCAGUUGUUGAUUUCGAUCCUGUACAGUAUUUCCUAAGAGAACUUAGGGAUGGGUACGAUGAAUUUGCUUUGUUCUUUUAUGACACAUACGGUGGUAUAACAAUAGGAGUAUUGUUCAAACCUUCAGUGUUAGGAGUUAAAGAAUUUAAGGUAUCAAAUAUCACUGGUCGAAAAUGUAAUGACGAUGGUCAAUUAGUUUUAAAUAUUUCGUCAAUAAUUCAAGACUUUUACAUUCUCGGAGGAGAUCUGAUUCAAUCGAUUGAUGUUCGAUCAAAAAGGUUUUCCUUAACCUGAAUAAUAAAGGAAUUGUAAUAUAAAUCUAUAAACAUUAAGUUCUGUAAAAUAUAAAGAAUCCGUAUCAGCUAUUAA